AUGAAUAAAACAACUCACAACUAUCCAUUGCAAUCAACUCAAAUUCGACACAAGUCUUCCAAAUCAUUACCCAAAAACGCUUCCAAGUCUCCAUUUGAUCUAGUUAAAGGAGUUUAUAAUCCACCAGCGUCCAUGUCAAAACGAUCAGCGGAAAGAUGGGCUAAAAUCGCACCUGCAUUGAAAUCAGCGAGUACAGCGUCUGGUAGAUUACCUCCAGCAUUACCAAAGCGCAUUUCAAGUCGCUUGUCCAAACUGACUCCAGACAAAAAAAGACCGACAAACAAAAAAUAUGUUCCAACUAGUAUAAAAACCAAUAUGUUUGAAAAACAAUUCGUGGUGAACGAAGCCUGUCAUUUACUGACACUCGCCAAGUUUCUUGGUAAAAUGACUUUGAUGAAUACAUUAAAAAUUCGAGAAAAGAUCAAUGCAAAUUUAGUCUGGGUAACUGGAUCUGCACAUGCAGAGCACGUUCGGAUUUCGCCCAAAGGCAUUCUGCAUACAGGCGAUGUUGUACAUGUUGCGUAUGCAACCAAACCGCAUGGUGACAAAACUGAGCAGAAUGAUACCGAGGAUGCAAUUAAAAAACUCAAAAUGCGUAUUCUAUAUAAAGACCAGCACAUAUACGUAAUUGAUAAGGAACAUGGACUAGCUUCACAAGGUGGUUCAAAAAUUGAUAUGCAUCUGGACAAGCUUAUUUCGCAUUUGGAAACAGAUAAAUCCAAAACGCUUCGUUUGGUUCAUCGACUUGAUAAAAAUACAUCUGGAGCAAUGAUUAUUGCUCGAACCAAAGAAUCGGCUGCACGAGUAUCUGCCAUGUUUCGCCAGGAAGGGCGGAUAUCACGAAAAUAUCUGGCUUUGUUGACGCCUACGCUUUUAGACCAUUCAAACUUUAAAGAUGGUGGUCAGCAUAAAAUCGUUUCGGGAAUUGUCAGUAACGGUCGUGAAGCACCGCACGAGAGGAUGGAUCUUGUUGAAUGGCACGAUGGUAUUCCAAAACAAAUGUCUACGAAUGGCGAUCCAGUUAAAAAAGCAGUAACCAAAGUCACACUGUUGCAAUCUAAUCCAUUGACAUCACUGGUGUGUCUGGAACCCACAACUGGAAGAAAGCAUCAGCUGCGAUUACACUGUGCAGAUGCUCUUGGAUCAUUUAUUGUUGGAGAUUACAAGUAUGGACAGGGGUGUUUGAAAAACUUUAAAGCGCACGUGUCGGAUUGGAAAAAAGUACCACUUCAUUUGCAUUUGUAUCAGCUUAGUAUCAAAGACUGGUUUCGAGAUGGAUUGGAUUUGACCGUGUCGGCACCACUUCCUAUUUACUUUCAAAAGACACUAACAUCGACAGGUUUAGGUCUAGCCACCAUUCCAAGUAUUGAUUCUAGCACGUUGUCUGAUCAGAAACAUGAUUUACAAGAUGAAAAAAAGCAUGUUUUUAACCCACCACGUACAAAUGAUGCGAUGGAUGAACAUGCUAAUUAG